UUCAGAUAUACAGACAAAACUAUGAUGUCAGUCACAUUUUUAUAUAUUUAAUGGAUUAUAUAUUGUUUACUUUAAUAUCAUUUUUGUUGGAGGUCAUAUUUAUUCUAUCAAAUUCUUCAGUUAUACCGAAAUGUGAGAGAGGUUUCAAAGGUUGCUGUCCAGACUACUCGUGGGAUAACGAAAGUCAAGAUUGUAAAAAAUGCUUACCAGGAUAUGGAGGAAUAAACUGUACAAAAUGUCCAUUUCCUUUCUAUGGAGAUAAGUGUCAAGGACACUGUCAAUGUUCGAUGGAAUUGUGUCACUUUUCUCGAGGUUGUUCAGUUCCAUCAACAGAAAUGGAAGACCAUUCUACAGUCAUUAGUACAGUAAUGGAAAAGGACACCAUCUGGACGACGGGGUCAUCCCCAUACAUGUACACAAAUUUUACAAGCAGAGUUCCAACAAAGAAGCCUUCCAGUAUCAACAGAAUCAUCCUUAUUUCUAUAGUAGUGAUUGGUUUUGUGGACGUACUUAUGAUUUUAACUAACGUUGUUGUAUGCAUGUAUGAUCGGAAAUAUAAAACUUAUUCUCGGGAUCUGAGAGACACAACUGUCAAUUUUCCCGAUAACGACACGAUGUAUGAAAACGUUCAAAUUAUAUUCCCUCCUGUCUGAGUGUAUAUCGGACACAUCGCCGUCUUUAUAACUAUCAAAUGAAACUUAACAUGUCAUUGGAGUUGCAGUAAUCAAGAAUUUCAGAUAUCGCAAUAACCACAUUGUGCCACAGUCAUGAUCGAGUGAGGACAUACAUGGAUCAGUCAGGGAAAUAUAUAAUGAAAUUGAAACAAAUGAACUGAAUUUUUAAAAGAUCUUUCACGUUUAUUAAAAAAGUCGGUUAUCUAAAA